AACUAGAGCAAGCAAAAAGUACCUUGCUUUUGGCAGUGAAUUUACAGGAAGUCGAAAUGAUGCAGACAAUCGUGCAACAAUUGGCUGCUAUGCAUGUUCGGGAUUUAACAAAUGCAAUCAGUGUUUGUUCCUAUCCUACUUACGAAGCAGAGCCUCUCAAUUGUAGCAAGGAUGCGAUCAAUCAUUUACUUCCGUGUCCUUCGGAUCUCCUCAAAAGGGCUCCAGAUAUUGAUCGGGGGAAAUGUUGUGGCCAGAAAAUAUCAAGCUCGCUCUCUACGAGCUCAGGAGCCCCAAGCUUCGAACAAAACACAGGAGGUGAACCAUCCAUAGUAAUAAAAUCCUUUAUACUGCCUGCUGAUUUCAUCUUUCGAAGGCUCGGUCAGCAACAACAACAACAGUACGAUGAUGGAGAAUGCGCUAUCAGUCAACUAUGGGAGGUCAUCGGUUGCACGGAUGCGUGCACGAGAAACGCUGAGUCGGGCAGACUUUUGGAACAUGAGGACAAUACUUGGGUUCAUGCAUUUCUCAUCAAAAAAGUAUAAACAGGCGAAAUCUCAUUUUGCAAAUAAGGACGGAAGAUUGUAUGAAGGCGAAGAAUUUGUUCUUGAAACGUCAUUCCAACUGAUGCCUUCAUCAUGGCUGACUUGGCUUGGUAUAACCUCGGCGCUCACUGCAAGCAUUACGAAAUCAAGCUACACUGGCUGGAAAGCCGCUUUGCGGGUGUACAAUGUGAAAACCCGAAACCUCUCUGAGAGUAGCUGCCUAUUAGGGAAAGCGGGAUAGCUAAUACGUAACGCAAAGGUUGUUCCGGAUAACUCUCCUGUAUUUGCCUUAUGUGCGACUGGAAAUAUUUCUGGGGUAAUGGGAUUAUUUGCUCAG